CCUCUGUGUGCUGUUUAAAAACUCCUUGACAGAAAGAAAUUUCUGGAAGAAACCACACAUUUUUUCAAUAUACUCGAUACCACCUUAAUUCGUGUUUCACAAAUAACUUUUAUUAUUCAUUCCGGAAGAAAUGGCAGAGGUCGCCGCAUUAAAGGAUAAAGGAAAUGCCGCUCUAGCUGAAAAUAAGCUGGACGAAGCUAUCAAUUUUUACAGUGAAGCUAUCAAAUUGGACGGCAACAAUGCCGUGCUGUAUUCGAAUAGGUCGGCCGCGUAUGCGAAGGCUUUAAAGUACGAUUUAGCGCUACAGGAUGCAGAAAAAUGCGUGGAAAUUAAGCCUGACUGGUCCAAGGCUUUUUCCAGGAAAGGAACGGCUCUGGCGUAUCUUGGAAGGUUGGAUGAAGCUAUCGAGACUUACGAAAAGGGGCUGCAAAUUGAUCCCAGCAAUGCCCAGCUCAACGAAGGGCUCAGAGAGGUGAGGGUACAAAAAGCGCGCGCGACCAGCUCGUUCCCCAACCCGUUCAAAGGCCCCGACGUGGUCACCAAGCUGCGCAACGACCCGCGCACCAAGGACUACUUCAACGACCCCAGCUACUUGAUGCUGCUCGCGCAGCUGCAAUCCAACCCGAACCUGCUCACCGAUCAGCUGCAAGACCCGCGCGUGCUCACCACUCUGAGCGUCCUGAUCGGCCUGGACGCCGGCGACGAGCCGAUGGACACGACGCCGGCGCCGAAGAAACCCGAACCGCCCAAGCCCGCCCCGCCCAAGAAGGAACCGGAACCGGAACUCCCCGAGAACAAGCGCCUGGCUAAAGAAGCCAAAGAGCGCGGCAACGCGUUCUACAAGAAGAAAGAGUUCGACGAGGCUAUCGCUCACUACCGGAAAGCCAUCGAGCACGACCCCACCGACAUAACCUUCUACAACAACUUAGCGGCGGUGUAUUUCGAGCAAAAAGAGUUCGAGAAGUGCAUAAAGGAAUGCGAGAACGGCAUCGAAAUCGGCAGAGAAAACCGCGCCGAUUACAAGUUGAUAGCGAAAUCCUUCAUGAGAAUCGGUAACGCGUACAAAAAGUUGAAGAAAUACGAAUCGGCGAAAACUUACUACGAAAAAUCCCUGUCGGAACACAGAACGCCGGAAGCGAAAAGCCUGCUUUCCGACGUGGAAAAAGUCAUCAAAGAAGAGACCAAGAAAGCUUACGUCGACCCGGAACUCGCCGAGAAAGAAAAGGAAACAGGAAACGAACUAUUCAAGAAGGGAGACUUUGCAACCGCCUUGAAACACUAUUCUGAAGCUAUCAAACGCAACCCGGACGACGCGAAGCUUUACAGCAACAGGGCGGCGUGCUACACGAAGCUGGUUGCGUUCGAUUUGGGAUUAAAAGACUGUGAUAAGUGCGUCGAGUUGGACCCUAAAUUCAUCAAAGGCUGGAUCAGAAAGGGACAUAUUCUUCAAGGUAUGCAGCAACAGAGUAAGGCCAUCUCUGCCUUCCAAAAAGCCCUGGAAAUCGACCCAAACAACGCCGAAGCCCUUCAGGGCUACAGAGCGUGCACUAUUGAGAAUUCCAACUUGGGGGGAGACCCUGAAAAGAUCAGGCAAAGGGCCAUGAACGAUCCCGAAGUGCAGGCCAUUUUGAGAGAUCCGGCCAUGCGCAUGAUCCUCGAGCAAAUGCAAAACGACCCGAGAGCCUUGCAAGAUCACCUAAAGAACCCCGAUAUCGCCGCCAAAAUACAGAAACUGCUGGAAUCUGGUCUUAUUGCUAUACAUUAGUUAGGUUUAAUUGUUUUUUUGUAUUUACUUAUAGUUUAUAGUUUGCAUUGAAUUUUAUUUCAUUCACACUAAUUAUUUUGUAUUUUAGUGGUUAAUAAACUAUAGGCUUCUUUCCUUUUG